AUGCUUCAGCUUGGAACAUCAUGGACUUCAUGCUCCUCCUCGAGUCCUCAGCCAGUGGGCGUUCGGCGGGGUAGGCCGCGAGUUUGCUACAUCAAGCCCGUUUGCUCUCAUGCUGGAGUCGCUUGUGCUGCUGCGGCUUCACUCUGCGGAAAAGCGGAUCUUCGCAGGCGAAGAAGGUCCAAACGGUUCGGCUCGGCCCAGCCUGUUGAGAGGGCACCUUUGCCAUCUUCCGGCCGCUUGAGAAUUGAGGGAAGCCACUUUGCGGACGACAAGGGCCGCAUCGUCAUACCGAAGGGCAUCAACUUUUCAGGGUUGUCAAAGGUACCCCUGACACCGAAUGGCGCUACACAUAUUCGAGGACCGCAGUUCUAUGAGCAUCGCGAAGUAUCCUUCGUUGGCCGCCCGUGUUCCCUUGAGGACUUGGACAUGCAUCUGCAGCGCUUGACCGAUUGGGGGUAUAAUUUGCUGAGGUUGCUUGUCACCUGGGAAGCUGUGGAGCAUGCUGGACCUGGCAUAUACGAUGGUGAAUACCUUCAGUUCAUUGCAAGGGUUUGUGAGCGAGCGGCAGAUUAUGGAUUUUGGAUUGUUAUUGAUCCUCAUCAAGACUGUUGGUCGAGGUGGACAGGUGGGGAUGGUGCUCCGGGCUGGACACUGGAGGCUGCCGGCUUCCAUAUAGGCCCUGCUCUUCACAAAUCGGGGGCUGCUUUUCUACACCAAGAAAACGGAGAUCCAUUGCCUUCUAUGUCAUGGCCUUCAAACUACGACAGACUGGCAUGCGCAACGAUGUUUAGCCUCUUCUGGGCUGGCGAUCGGGUUGCUCCUUCCGUGACGAGCCAGGUGACCAAUGGAGUUCCUGCAAGGACUGCUCGAGCUCCGCUGGGCUAUAGCAACAGCCGCCGAAUAACGGCGCGGGCUGCAUGGGCAGAGCAUGCGGAGCCGCUUGAAGCCUUGCAUGGCGCCGCAGAUGGUUUAUCGGUGCCCCAGGCCCUAAGACCAGCUUCAUCAGCACAGAGCGCGAACUUGCGCUCAUGGCUGCUGCGUCGGAACAGAUGUUUGCGGCAGGCAGAGAUACCGAAACACGAGUCACUCUUCAAAAACAGCCUUCCGCAAACAUGCAAUGUGGACUUGGACCAGGAGUUUGCGAUUCACCAACCAUUCAGGCUCGGGCACGAGGUCCCAUGGAAGCGCUUGGAUGUCGACGCCACGAAAUUAUUUUGUGAGAGUCCGGUGUCUUUCUGUCUGAUAGAUUCCAAUGUAGUAAUGUGCAGAGGGCUCGUGGUACGCACUCAGUCAACCCCAUACACUGGUGUGAUUUGUCAACUGCCUUCUUCCGUGCACCCAAGUUCUGCAAUGAUAUUUGCGGUACUCUGCCGAGAGCCGAACUCCCAGCUGUCCUUGAAAACGGUUGCAGUGAACCGCGAGGGAAUGAUUCUGGGAAGUUUGCAGCCAGGAUGUGCCCUAGAUCUCAGUGGCAUCAGAUUUGCCAUGCACGGUGGCUUCCCACUGAUAGAUGGAAUUCAGCUCUUCAGUUGCAAAGUCGGUUCCCAGCGAUUCGGGAUAUUGCAAGGCAGAACGUCCACGAAGUUCUUUCAUGUCUCGGAAGACCGAGCACUAGCCUCCAUACCCGCUGACUUUACGCCGUCUCAACGCAUCGCCUUCGCUAUACCUGGUGCAAGGGAAGGCGGUUUUCACCUGCUACACUUGGAGCCGGGCUCACAAGGUGGACAGUUGCAGUGGAGCGAUGCCGUCUGGAAUCGGGAUGAGCUGGAGAUUUCAGGGGUGAUUUUUGAGAUGCUCGGCGAUGUGAACUGUCUUCCAUCUGCUUUGGUUAGUAGUUGGAGCGAAGCUCGGAGAGGGAUCGUGCUAAUGGACUUUCACAAGCUGCUACUCUCUAAGUAUGGCAGUUUGAACCUGGCUUGGGAGGAAGCUUUUGACAUUGACGACUAUGGAUGCGUGGAUUUCGCCCAGUUUUCGCUGGGCUGUAGACGUGUGAAAUACUGCGGUAAUGUGUGCAGACUCUGGUCGAUGCUGGAUCCUCGCAACACCGGAGCCGUAACUUUCGACUCUUUGCUCGGUGAUUCAUCACUUCAGCAGCUGCUUCAAGAUGGAUUCAUCAAUGCGAUGGUUCAGAUUGCCAGGAGUGUGAAACAUGUGCCAUCCGUCUUGGGUUUCGAGACUAUGAACGAACCGCAUCCUGGAUGGCUAGGAAGGAGCGACUUCACCAAGGCGCAGUUCGGGGCGGUUUCAGCAGGACAGAGCCCGCUGGAGCAGCUGCAGCGAUGUGCACCCGGUGAGGGGUCGCCAUGGGCAUCUUCCUGCUUGUGGGCGCAGGCCGGCGUGUGGGAUCCACUCAGCCAGGAAUUGCUCGAUGCUUCGAGCUUCGAGUGCGACUGGUUGGCGGACUGCUUUGCUCCGUUCGUGACGAGAUUCGCUGAGAAAGUGGUUGGCGAAAUGCCACAUGCACUCAUCGGUGUUUGUCCACCAGCGUUUGGAAAAGAGGGUCAACAGCCGUUUCCUGAAAAGAUGCCAGUGCAAGCCUUUUGGGCACCGCACUUUUAUGACGGUGUUGUGCUCGUGGGCAAGACAUGGACUCCAGCUUUCGGAAUAGAGGAGACCAAGCCAGGCACGACACUUCUGGGUGGCUUGCUUCCUGCGCCCCCAAUUGUUCCAGUGUUCGGGCUCCAGGAACGACUGGCAUCAUACAAGAGGCAGCUGGAGCAGAAGUGCAGACUGGCUUCACAAGAAACUGCCAGCAUGCUUGGAGAGAUUGGAGUUCCUUUUGAUAUCCAGUCCCCCGGCAUGGCAACAACAGAUGCUUUGAGACAAGCCAUUGAUGUGCACAUGCGGGCCUUAGAAGAGCUCUUUCUCCCAUACUGCUGGUGGAACUACACCCCGGAGAAUUCUAAGGCAAGAGGGGACGGCUGGAAUGGUGAAGAUCUCUCAAUUCUGGGGGAGGGCGGUGGACGCGCUUUGGAUGCCAUCGUGCGUCCUUGCCUUCUGGCAUGUGCAGGGAAGCCGACACAUCAGGCUUUCAAUCUUCAAGAGCACCGCUUUCAGUGCGAAUUUGACGCAGAUAUUGGGGAGACUAUAUUUUUCAUCCCUUCCAGGCACUUCAAGCCUGACAACGCCAUCUUGUCUGUCACACCAGGGACGCAUGUGGUUUGGAACGUCGAUUUGCAGUCUUUGCUUUGCCGUACUGAUCGCGCAGGUCGUGUGGCGAUUGACUUGCGCCAAAAAGAAAGCAAGGGAGAAACGGAGAUACCAUGCAUUGUGCUGUUAGGGUGCCGAGGUGCCGGCUGCUUCCGCCUUGCGAUAAGCACACCGAAAGCAGACCUCAUACAAUAG